UCAGCACGGUAACUUCGUCAGCCAUAUUGACUUGUGUGUACCUCUUCUCGGGCUGCAGGAGGGGAUCGCACUCCGUUAGGUGAACAGCACAGGCGGCUGCAGGGCGAAGCGCUCUAUUUAUAAACCCACGGUGGAUAUAUUAAGUCUGCUUUUAGCCGGGCGAGUGACGGCCAGGGGCGGCAUCCUUCACCGCAGUUCGAGGCGGUGGUGCCCUGGAGCGAGGCAGAAAGACGGAGGACGACUUCUUUCUGUUUCCUCAGCAGCAGGGCCCCGGUGGAGAUAGGAGAAAGAUGCCCAAACCAAUCAAUGUCCGCGUCACCACCAUGGACGCUGAGCUGGAGUUUGCCAUCCACCCAAACACAACAGGCAAGCAGCUCUAUGACCAGGUGGUGAAGACGGUGGGCUUGAGGGAGGUCUGGUUCUUCGGCCUGCAGUACACUGACAGCAAAGGAUACGUCACGUGGCUCAAGUACAACAAAAAGGUGACACAGCAGGACGUGAAGAAGGAAAAUCCACUGCAGUUUAAGUUCAGAGGCCGAUUCUUUCCCGAGGAUGUGUCUGAAGAACUUAUCCAGGAGAUCACGCAGAAACUCUUCUUCAUGCAGGUGAAGGAAGCCAUCCUGAACGAUGAGAACUAUUGUCCUCCAGAAACAGCUGUGUUGUUAGCUUCCUACGCAGUCCAGGCCAAAUAUGGAGACUUCAACAAAGACAUUCACAAGCCUGGUUACCUGGCUUCAGAUCGCCUGCUGCCACAGAGAGUUCUGGAGCAGCACAAAUUGACAAAAGAGCAGUGGGAGGACAGAAUACAGACAUGGCACGAGGAACACAGGAGCUUGCUCAGGGAGGAUGCAAUGAUGGAGUACCUAAAGAUUGCACAGGACUUGGAGAUGUAUGGCGUCAACUAUUUUGAAAUAAAAAACAAAAAAGGCACAGAACUGUGGCUGGGGGUGGAUGCGCUUGGUCUCAACAUAUAUGAACAUGGAGACAAGUUGUCACCAAAGAUCGGCUUCCCCUGGAGCGAGAUCCGAAACAUUUCCUUCAGUGACAAGAAGUUUGUCAUCAAGCCCAUCGACAAGAAAGCUCCAGACUUUGUUUUCUAUGCCCCACGACUCCGUAUCAACAAGCGCAUCCUGGCCCUGUGUAUGGGCAACCAUGAGUUAUACAUGAAGAGGAGGAAGCCCGACACGAUUGAGGUGCAGCAGAUGAAGGCUCAGGCCAGAGAGGAGAAGCACCAUAAACAGAUGGAGCGAGCUCAGCUGGAGAAUGAGAAGAAGAAGCGGGAGCAUGCGGAGAAGGAGAAGGAGCGGAUUGAAAGGGAAAAGGAUGAGCUCAUCGAGAGGCUGAGACAGAUCGAGGAGCAGACACAGAGGGCACAGAAAGAGCUGGAGGAGCAGACGCGUAGAGCUCUAGAGCUGGAACAGGAGAGGAGGCGAGCGAAAGAGGAGGCCGAGCGGCUGGAGAAGGAGAGACAAGCCGCAGAGGAGGCCAAGGCAGCGCUGGCUCAGCAGGCCGCGGACCAGAUGAAGACGCAGGAACAACUGGCUGCUGAGUUAGCAGAGUUCACUGCCAAAAUUGCUCUGCUGGAAGAGGCCAAGAGGAAAAAGGAGGAGGAUGCCUCCGAAUGGCAACACAAAGCCCUGGCUGCACAGGAGGACUUAGAGAAGACUAGGGAGGAACUGAAGAUGGCCAUUAUGUCACCUGCCGCGCCGGAACACGACGAGGAAGAUGAGACCAACGCGGAAGCGAGCGCGGAACUGCUGAGCGACGGCAUCACCAGCCACCGCAGCGAGGAGGAACGAAUCACUGAGGCGCAGAAGAACGAGCGCGUCAAGAAGCAGCUUCAGGCGCUGAGCUCCGAGCUGGCCGAGGCCAGAGACGACACCAAGAACACGCAGAAUGACGUCCUGCACGCCGAGAACGUCCGAGCAGGCAGAGACAAAUACAAGACUCUGCGUCAGAUCCGCCAGGGCAACACAAAGCAGAGGAUAGACGAGUUCGAGUCCAUGUGAGGACAGUGGACAGUGACUGGCUCACCGUCAGGCCCAGGAACCUCCUGCUUUUGGGACAGAGAGGAAAGAAGAAGGGUACAAGCUAAGCAGCUUCUGCCUCGCCAAAGGGUCCGCCUGGCAUCAGCUGUACAAUCGCACUGCUGCGUGCUUUUUUUAGAGUCCCCCCUGCCCCCACCCCAACAAAGCACAUGUUUGUUUUUUAUCAGAAUAGUUGUUUAUUAUGGAUGAAGCUGAGGUUUGCAUGAGUAACGGCCUGCGGCGCAGAGGAGCCACGGAAGCGCGGUUUGUGCUUGAACUUCUUUAAAUAAACAGCUUGUUGUUUUCUGG